CGACCAGAUCGCAAUUUUUAUAAACAAGAAGGUUCCUUGCUUGAUAGCUGGCUUAGCUACACGUUUUAUGACAGUGCGUUCAAAUCUAUUGAUAUUAUCCCAAAAUCGUGGUUGUGUUCGUGCGCUAAUUCACCGAUUACAGACUACAGAAUCAGUGUUAAGUGAUCGCAACAUGACCACCCUAACCAGACAGGACCUCAAUUUUGGACAAGUGGUUGCCGACAUACUGUGUGAGUUUUUAGAGGUGGCCAUUCACUUGAUCCUUUACGUCAGGGAGGUAUAUCCAUCUGGCAUAUUUCAGAAGAGGAAGAAAUAUAAUGUACCAGUCCAGAUGUCUUGUCACCCUGAACUAAACCAGUACAUACAGGACACUCUUCAUUGUGUAAAACCCCUGAUUGAGAAGAACGAUGCAGAAAAAGUGGUGGUUGUCAUUAUGGAUAAAGAACACCAUCCAGUGGAGCGAUUUGUGUUUGAAAUUUCCCAGCCUCCUUUGCUUUCCAUCAGCUCCGAUACUUUGCUGUCCCACAUGGAGCAGUUACUCCGUGCAGUCAUCCUGAAGAUCAGCGUCUGUGAUGCAGUUCUGGACAACAACCCUCCUGGGUGUACCUUCACAGUGCUGGUGCACACCAGGGAAGCAGCCACACGCAACAUGGAAAAGAUUCAAGUCAUCAAGGAUUUUCCCUGGAUAGUUGCAGAUGAACAGGAGGUGCACAUGCGGGAGCCCAGACUCAUUCCGCUAAAAACAAUGACAUCAGACAUCGUAAAAAUGCAGCUGUAUGUAGAGGAAAGGGCUCAGAAGGCUUCUUAACUCGCACUGGGUUUUCCCAUCAUGCCUGGCUGCUGGACUCAUGAUGCUGGAACAUGAGGAGAGAUGACGACCCCUGGGUGUGUGACAGUCAUGUGAUUUAAAAGCAGACAAUGUUGUAUUCUGGCUGUGGAACAGAGGGCUGACCUGUGGCUGAAACGGCCAGGAGAAAUGACUGUGGAAUUCAUGCUACAUGUGAUGUUGUGUUGUGUCAUGUGCAUUUUAAUUCAUAAGGUGGGACCUCAUUGCUGGAGAUGUUUUCCACAUUCAUACAUGCACGCGUGCAGCUAAGUUGUCACAGAAAUGCCUUGGAGAAGAAUAUAAGAAUGAGCGAUUUAUAAUUGUUCAACAGAAAGAAGUAGAAUGUUGUAUUAUUUUUCCAAUUAUUGAUGUCAUGUAAAAUAAUUCCAUUUGUUUCCUGUAUUAUGCAUAAAAAACUAGGCUGUAAAACAUUUCCCAUUACUCUCCAUAUUUUACACAAAUUAAAAGAUUCUGUUUAAAUGAA